AUGCCAUACGGUCGAGGCUACAUACGACUCACGUACCCCGUACGUAUUGAUCUUGAGUUGGAGGGCUGGCGCCAGCAUCAUGCCGGAUUUUCACCACCGGGAAGUACGGCGAUUUACCGUGUGAGCCAUGCUGAAUUGGCCCAAGGAGGGAAACGCGAGAAUGUACUGCUCUUAGAUUCCCUUGCCUUUUUCACAUCGCAUAUAAGCACGCUUGGAUUGGAGAGAGCUUGCAGGAAGAAGCGGGAGCGAGAGAAAGAAGAAGAAGAAGAAGCGAGCAAAACAAUGAACGAUCGCUACUCUCCCUCUCCUUCAUCGUGGCUGCAGCUCGCUCCGGCUAGCGCCGAGGAGUUCUUCUUCCAGAGAACCGGGCUCGUUGUCUCUCCUGAUGAUCCAAGCUUCCCCUCGUCUCCUUUCGCGGCGGCUGCUGCUUAUCUCCAUCCACCAUCGCCAUUCCUCGACCACCACCAGCAUCACCAGCAGCAACAGCAGCACUGCCACCAGCAACUUCGCCAAGAUCAAGUCAUUCUCAAGCUGCCGUCGUCGCAAUACAAGGGAGUGGUGCCGCAGCCGAACGGCCGGUUUGGCGCGCAGAUCUACGAGAAGCACCAGCGCGUGUGGCUGGGGACGUUCGACACCGAGGUGGAGGCCGCCAAGGCCUACGACGUUGCUGCAACCAAGAUCAGAGGCAACGACGCGCUCACCAAUUUCCCCCCGGUUGACGAGUCCGAGCCCGAGUCCGCCUUCCUCAGCCUCCACUCCAAGGAGCAGAUCAUCGACAUGCUGCGCAAGCACACCUACAACCAGCAGCUCAUCAAGAACAAACAAGACGAUCACGAUCAUCGCCUGCGCGCUAAGAGCAAGAGCAAGAGCAGUAGUCUACUAGCACAGCAUCACCGCGAGCACUUGUUCUUCAAGGUGGUGACGCCCAGCGACGUCGGCAAGCUAAACCGGCUCGUCAUCCCCAAGCACCACGCCGAGCGCUGCUUCCCGCUGGCGCCGCACGAGAAGGGGCUACUGCUAUCCUUCGAGGACGAGCGAGGCAAGCACUGGCGCUUCCGCUACUCGUACUGGAGCAGUAGCCAGAGCUACGUCCUCACCCGCGGCUGGAGCCGCUUCGUCAAGGACAAGCAGCUCCAAGUCGGCGACGCCGUCUUCUUCGAUCGCGCCACCACCGCCGGGAGCUCUUGCAAGCUCUUCAUCCACUGGAAGAGGAAGGCCGCCUCGGUGUUCCACCCGGCCUUCAACUCCAACGCCGCUGCUCAUCACCACCAUUUCGAUCCUUCUCCAUUGCAUCCAGUUCUUCCAACUUGGCCGGGAUCGUCACCGUCGUCGCUGCUCCAGAGCGUGAGCGCCGUCACUUCCGCCCAUCUCCAGCCUCGAUCGGACCAGAUGGUGUCUCAAGUCCAAGCUCUCUGGGGAUCUUCUCAAGUUUUCGGUGCCUCUAAUGUCUCAACUCCAGAGUUCUCGCAUCCCAAGAUCAAGGAGAGCUCCUGUGGUGCGAUUCGGUUAUUUGGAGUGGAUCUUUCCAGCCCGUAUUAAGCGGCGCUCGAUCCCCUUCCCGGUUUUAUACAUACGAAUAUAUAAAAACUCUUUUUUGGACUCC